UUAAUAUACAUUUCAUACAUUCUAAGAUAAUAAUGAUGUAUAUUAGUACAAUAUUGAGACGUUUUGGGUUAUCGCGGGCACUUUAGACGUUCUUAUGAUAUGCUGCGGUGACAUGUUCCCGCCAUUUGAAUCAGCAAAGAUCGCGGAGACCAGAACCACAAAGGCUCCAGGUGGCACACUGAAGAGCCAUUAUGGCUCCUCACAAGGUUGACAAUGGCAAGAGGCGAAAAGAAGCGAGGACAGCUGGCAGAAAGAUCGGCAAGCAGACGCCAAAGUGUGACUCUUUGACCAGUUCACUGAAGAUGGAGAACGGCAAGGCCAAUGGGAGUCUGCAGGACCUGCAGAAGGACCAUGAGUUGUUCCUGCAGGCGUUUGAGAAACCCACGCAGAUCUACAGGUUUCUGCGGACCAGGCACAUCGUGGCCCCGGUCUUCCUACAGAGGAACGUCACGUACAUGUCACAGAGGUUCUCCAGGAGCCACUGUCGGAGGAAACAGUUCAAGGUAGAUUCAGUGUUGGGAGACAUUGUUGCCGAGGAGAAGAAAGUAGAAGAACAAAAGGCGCUCAGCCCACCUGUACAGUGCACACCUAGGUAUUUAAACUUGAACUUCAUCACCUUCUGCUGGUCCCAGGCAGACAAUGUGGACCCAGCAGUCGUGCCUCAAGAGGUCAUGGUCGAAGCCGCCCUUCUGAAGAUCUGUCACAAGAAGAGGAAAGACGUGCUGUCUCCGAUGAAGCAUGUACCCCUGGGAAAGAUACAAGUACCCUGUGUGUCCGGUGCUGACGGUGCUAGCAGAACUGGGCCUUCUCUGUCCAUCCCGGGAGAGUGCUUCCAACCUAGUAACGGUCAGAUCAAAUCCUACGUACUGGUGCUUAGAGUCACGGUUACCAAUUCUCAACCAAUCGGAGGCGAAGAUGAGAACGCUUCUGGGGAACCCAUGCCGAAAAGGCUCUGCACGUCGCCUCGGGAAGAUGUCAUGUUGAAUGGGACGGUCAACGGGAACGUUCAGCUGGAAGACGUGAUCUCGAGCGCGGAGUACCAGGCGGAGUUGAUCGUGUACGACAAGCAGCACUCGUGCUUGCUGACAGAAGGGGACUAUGAGAUCGCGCUGAAACAGAUGCACAGUCUACCUCUCCAGAACAAACAGGCGCAGUGGGAGACCAUCAUGGACGGCAGGGCGGUCGGACCGUUCGAGACGUUCCGAUUUGGACCCACGCUGCGCUUUAAACUGACUUGGACACACUGUCCUACCACGGUCUCCAGUAGAAUGUCCAUCUCGCCAUCCAAAGUCACCGGACAGAGUCUCGGGCCCUUUGAGGAACGCCCAAUCGAGAGGCAGAACUCUGAAGCACUGUUGAAUGUCAAAUACAAGAAAACGCCGGAGAAGCAGGAGAAGCGACAGAGGAUCUUCUACCAGUUUCUGUACAACGGCAACAUGCGACAGCAAACGGAAGCCCGGGACGACCUCCACUGCCCGUGGUGCACACUGAACUGUAUGAAGCUGUACAGCCUUCUCAAGCAUCUCAAACUCUGCCACUCACGAUUUACAUUUGUCUUCGUCCCACAUCCCAAAGGUGCUAGAAUCGACGUCUCCAUCAACGAGGGGUAUGAUGGAUCGUACGCGGGAAAUCCUGCCGACCUCCACCUCAUGGGCUUCGCGUUCAGGAGGAACGGGCCGUGUCGAAGGUCUCCCGUCACCAACAUUUUAGUCGCAAAACCAAGACGGCCAGAACCCAGCUUGUCUGAGUUUCUGGAAGGGGAGGACCUUGAGCUUGAUUGGACGCGUCCCUUCACCAGCGGACACAAUAGACUUUACUUCCACUCAGGCACCUGUCUACCACUACGGCCGCAGGAAAUCGACAACGACAGCGAGGAGGAGAGCGAUCCCAUUUGGCUGAAACAGCGCACUCAGCACAUGAUUGACGAGUUCACUGAUGUGAAUGAGGGAGAGAAAGAGCUGAUGAAAAUGUGGAACCUUCACAUCAUGAGAAAUGGCCACAUUGCAGAUUGCCAGGUACCAACAGCCUGCAGUACAUUUGUGGAAGAGAAAGGUGUUUGGAUUGUCCAGCGUAACCUGGUACGGAACAUGCUGCUUCACCUGGUCAACCUGUACGACUUCAGUCUCAUCAGCUCGUCUGUCGUCCAGCAAACCAUCUCCAGGCUCAGGAAGAUGGAGGCAGAGGUCGCCACGGCUGCAGCGACAAACGAGUCAUCGCAAACCUUCACCGUCCCAAGUACGGCCGCGAGCCCAGAACAGCCACACAAAUCCUGAAGUCUCUAGAGCGAAGCCACAUGGUUGUUGUCAUUUAGCACUCGCAGUAUCGAUCACAACAGUCUACGUACUGUACAUUCAUUUAAGUUUGCAUCAGGUUGAAAUCUUGAGCUUUCUAUAUCUUUGAGGCUGAGAUGGAACUGACACAAUGAAAGAACAUUUGUUCAAGGUGUUAUGGCUGAACGAAGUGUACAAACAUUGUGAAAAUUUCAGUACUUGCAGUGUAUUCCUAAAACAUUGCAUUGCAUAUUUUGGCAUCAAGUACAGUUAUUACAAUACACUUCUUGCCACCUGCGUUGAAGUAUUUUUGCAUGCCUCCGUCGGUGCCACUAUAUCUCAGCUGUUACAACAAAAUCAGAGAACUAAAUGAAGACACUUGUGGCCAAAUAAUCAAUACCAAGGCUUUCAGUAAUCAUUUGUAUAUACAAGAUGAAAAUCUCUAAAUUAGAGAUUUUCACAAGUUGCCCUCUCAGAUUUCUAGUUACAUAUACAGACAUGUACCAAAACCAUAUUUUUUUGAACACACGUCAAACUGUCAGGAUAUUUUAGGACUUGGACAACAUUGCUAUGUAGCACUAAGGCACUGUUUUGGUGUAUUUCGUUUUAUUAUUGCUCUUAAACAACCCAUGCUAGGAUAAACAUUCCUUAUGUGACUUAGAUGAUACCAUUUUGUGUCAGAAAAUAGUUAAGGAAGAUGACUUGUUUGUAUACAGAAAUGUCAUGCGCACACACACACACACACACACACACAGACAUGAACUUGUGCAUGCUUCUAUAGACAGUUGUAUUACAAAAAAAUAGAAAAAUAGAAAACAACCAAUCAUGUUUGACAUUUAUCCAUGACCCCCUAGGUGAAGAGACUGUGAUGCAGAUAUUUUUCUACAAUGUGUAAUCAGGGGAUGUGGACCAACCAUGUGCCUUUUUGUUACAGGAGAAGUGUAGACUUGUAUUUCUGUAGUCAUAAACAGUGCAUACAGACACCAGAAAGUCAUUGUCUGUAUGUGUGGGCUCUGAUAGUCGUAUGAAAUGGAAAAGAAAAGCGCUUUCAUAGUUUAUAUUCUCGCUGCUUUAGCCUAGUCUGUAGUUUCUUGUUGUCAUUGUCGGUUGUUGGUCAAAAUGGACACAAUUUUAAAUGUCACCCUUCUAUUGCAAUAGCUUCAGUUGUAUAAGAUGGGGAGGGAAAAUGCAAAAUUGUAACAGGUUGACAUGUAUAGUUACUUGUAUGUGAUGCUAUCUAGGUGAAACAUUACCCUAUGAUUAUGGAAACUGUUAACUGUUGUGUUGUUAAGUUACUGGCGUCAACUUGCAACAAAAAAUGAACUCAAUGAAAAAGUGACCCAAAGGCCAACAGAAUUUUUGUUGUUGCUUAAGUAAUGGUAUGAUGCAGUCAUUCCAAUACUCAAUUUGUACAUAGAUGCAUUUGGUCACAAAGAUAUUUUGAUUAUACAAUGAAGAUACAUGUAUAGAAAUUGUUUCUAUGUUGAUAGAACAUGAGAAAGGAGUGUCUAAUGUAAACCCUAAAGUAGAUAGCUUUAAAGCGACGUUGUAUGUAAAAAGGAAAUGGUCUUUGUAUAAAGAAAUUCUGUCUUCAGUCAUAGGAUGCUAGAUUAUUUGUCUGGCCAAGCUUGUCAAUAUAGUUGUACUGUAUAGGUGCUUAUAUAGGUUACUGUAUCACCUUAAAUCUUUCUUCUGAAAUAAGCUAGUAAGGUAUUUCAUGAUGCAAAAGGUAUUUGUCCUUGCCCAGAAGUAUAUUUGUUUUGACAAUUAUCAAAAUGAUCAAGAAGGAAUGUACAGGUUAUAUGAUGUCUGGUCAUCUGGUAGUGGUGUCCUUUUUUGGUAGUCUCUGAGGUAGAGAACAUUUGGGAUAGGGAAAUAUAUAUCUAAAUUUCUAGGUUGCUGGGCUAUCACAAUUUUUACAAACAGUUCUUUAGUUAUGUAUCCAGCUAUAUCUGUAACAUUAGAUUUCCUGUACAUGUCAUAAUAUACUCCCAUCUUGCAGUUUGAUGUCAGUGGUAUGUUCCUCAAAACAUUACAUUGUCAGGGUUGAUUUCAGCUGAGCCACUAGUGUACCAAAGCCCACAUUUAUGUUUGUAUAUCAGAGGAAAACAACAGACCUGUCACCCCAAGUACUGUGACAAAACUCAGGGUAUCCUCCCAACUGGUAAACAAUUAUUUGUUCAAGUCUUUGUUUUGUUCUUUCUCACUCUUUUGUUCGCUCUCUUUCUCGCUCUUUCCCUCCUUUUUCUAAUACUAUCAGAGCACUUAGAAACAUUACGAAUUUCCCUCAUCACAUCUGCUUGGUGAUUACCAUUUCUAGGCCAUCAACAUUGGUUACUGAUUGGAAGAUUUCUAAAUGAUCUGGUACAAAUAUACUAGUAGUCCAUAUAUUAGCUUUCAUUGCUCCAAUGUGUACAAGUAUCUGGGGGUUGCUCGUACAAUAUAUGUUGUCAGAUUCCCCUGGUGUGUUCCAUGGGUGGAAAGGCGGAUUAUGAUACAUUUUGUACACAACGGGAUUUGUAAGAUAUCGGAAUAAAAUCAGGAAGCAUUUUA